UACGGAUCGGUCGAUUAGAAGUGGUUGCCAAUUAAGUCCACGAUGACGGCAGAGAUUAACAAAGGACCCGUGGUGGGCAUGCGGCAUGUCCAGGCCCUACUGAUCUUCCUCAACAUAACUAUUAUGUUCAUAGGUCGCCUGAAUGUGGGUGUGUCCGUGGUGGCAAUGACCAAUGCGGAAACAACAAAUCCAAACUUUCCCGAAUACGACUGGACGGAGGCUGAGAAGUCUUAUAUACUCUCCAGUUUCUUUUGGGGAUACAUAUUCACCCAGUUCCUGGGAGGUUACCUCUGCAAGCGUUUCGGAGUGAAGAGUGUGAUGUUCUGGGGUGUCUUUGGAUCUGGAGUGUGCAGCGCUUUGACUCCCCUUUUCAUCGGAUUCGGAGAAUGGCAGGCGUACUGUGGAAUCCGGGUGAUUAUGGGUCUGGCGCAGGGCGUGGUGUUCCCCUGCAUUCAUCAGCACCUGGCCAAGUGGUCUCCUCCGGCUGAACGAAACCGCUUGGGUGCUCUUAGUCACACUGGUAUCGAGUGCGGCAAUGUGAGUGCCAUGUUCUUGAGUGGAAUGAUAGCGAAGAGCUCGUUGGGAUGGCCUGGAAUCUCGUAUGUCUCGGCUGGAGUGGCUUUCUUGUGGUGUGCAUUGUGGUUCACCUUUGCCGCCAACAAUCCCACAGAAUCUCGUUUUAUUGGACAAAAUGAACUGCACUACAUCGAGUCGUCUCUAAAGCACAAUGAAAAGUACCAUAAGACCAUUAUCCCCAUUCCCUGGAAGGCGAUAUGGACCUCGGCUCCAUUCCUGGCCCUACUGAUCGUACGAUGCAGUGAAAACUGGGGACUGAGCACUCUGCAGGCUGAGAUUCCAUCCUACAUGAACGGAGUCCUCGACAUGGACAUGAAGAGCAAUGCCUUCUUCUCAGCACUUCCAUUCCUGGCCAUGUGGUGCAUGUCGUAUAUAUAUCUGAUCACAGCCGAUGUUCUCUUGAGUAAGAACACAGUUUCCCUGACUGUAUUAAGGAAAACCUACAACUCGAUAGCCUUCUGGAUUCCUGCUGCCACUUUGGUGGGCAUUGGCUUCCUGGAUAAAGAUCAGAAGAAUUAUGCCAUCGCCUUAAUGACCAUCAGUGUGGGCGUGAACAGUGCCCAAACCAUUGGCAGUGUCUUAAACACCAUUGAUCUAUCUGAAAACCAUGCCAGCAUUCUGAUGGGAAUUGUGAAUACAGCUGCGAAUUUCGUGCCAAUAGCUACUCCUUUAGUGGUUGGUUGGAUUGUAGAGGAUAAUUCUGAUCGAACCGAAUGGCAGAUUGUGUUCAUCAUCGCAUCUGUAAUCUUCUUUGUGGGCAACUGCGUUUACCUGUUCUUUGGCACGGCUGUAACUCAACCCUGGGAUGCCGAAGACUAUCUUCAAAUUAAAGAACCUGAGCUUGCCCAAGGACCUGCCAGUCUUGCGAAACCUAAACAGGAUUUCUCUUUGAAAAUCAACGAAAACACCAAAGAUAAUGCCACAAAUAGAUAGUUCCAGUUUUAUAUGCUUUAUUCCAAAUUUACAUAUUAUAUAUAGGCAUGUUAGGAUAGA